AUGAAAAGACCUUUAACUGAAGGAGUUCAAGAUGAGCCACUUACACAAAAGAGAUCGAGACAAGUUUCUGAAGAUGAGGCUCUUGCUAGAAGAUUACAGACUGAGCUGAAUGAAGAUACCCAAAAUACCAAGAACUCUGCUGAGGCAAUCCGCAAUUUCAAGCCCUCAGAAGAUAAAAUACCACAAACUUUUCGACUUAUGAAAGUCAAAGGUCUGCAACCAUGGGCUAAUACCAGUUCUGUAUCAAUUGCAGAUGUAAUUCAGGGGAAUGUGCUCAUUGCUGUUCUUUCAAACUACAUGGUUGACAUUGAUUGGUUGAUGUCAGCAUGUCCAAAUUUAAAGAAUAUUCCUCAUGUUUUGGUGGUUCAUGGAGAAAGUGAUGGUAGGCAGGCGAAUAUGAAGAAACAGAAACUUGGAAAUUGGAUUUUCCAUAAACCUUCUUUACCAAUAGCAUGGGGGACACACCAUUCGAAAGCCAUGUUUCUGGUGUAUCCUGAAGGAGUAAGAAUUAUUGUUCAUACAGCAAACUUAAUCUAUGUUGAUUGGAAUAACAAAAGCCAGGGUCUGUGGAUGCAAGAUUUCCCAUGGAAGAAUCAAGAUUGUUUGAAUAAAGGAAGUGGUUUUGAAACUGAUCUCAUUGACUACCUUAGUUCAUUGAAGUGGCCUGAGUUUUCUGUGAAGCUUCCAGAACUGGGCAGCAUCAGCUUCAACUCAUCUUUCUUUAAAAGAUUUGAUUACAGCAGUGCAACGGUGAGAUUAAUAGGUUCUGUGCCUGGAUAUCAUACAGGUUCAAACAUUAAGAAAUGGGGACACAUGAAGCUAAGAUCCAUUCUACAGGAUUGUGUUUUUGAUAAAGAAUUCCAAAACUCUCCCCUUAUUUAUCAGUUCUCAUCCUUGGGUUCUUUAGAUGAGAAGUGGAUGUCUGAAUUUGCAUUCUCAAUGUCAUCAGGAGUUUCAGAUGAUAAGAAGCCUCUUGGCCUUGGGGAGCCUUUAAUUGUAUGGCCCACUGUUGAAGAUAUCAGAUGCUCUCUAGAGGGUUAUGCUGCAGGGAGCUGUGUUCCAAGCCCUCAAAAGAAUGUAGAGAAACCAUUUUUGAAGAAAUAUUGGGCAAAAUGGAAAGCCACCCACACUGGUCGCUGUCGUGCAAUACCUCAUAUAAAGACAUUUACUCGUUAUAAUGGUCAAAACCUUGCAUGGUUUUUGCUGACUUCAGCAAACCUCAGUAAAGCUGCCUGGGGGGCUCUUCAGAAAAACAAUACACAGCUCAUGAUUCGUUCAUAUGAGCUUGGUGUGCUGUUUUUACCAUCUUCAACCAUACAUGCUCAUGCGUUUUCUUGUACAGAAAACCGGACCCCAUCAGAGAAUAUUCACACAUCAUCUUCAAAAACACAUGAAGAAAAAAGAACAAAGCUAGUGACAUUGUCUUCAUUACAUACCAAGAAAAUGUCGGAUGUCAUCACCUUACCGGUGCCUUAUGAACUCCCUCCUCAACUUUACUCUUCAGAAGAUGUUCCUUGGUCUUGGGAUCGACAAUAUAAGAAGAGGGAUGUUUUUGGUCAAGUUUGGCCUUGAAAAGCUUUGUUGAAUUUUAAUUUGAAAUUUGUAAGUAUGUCAACGUUUAUUUUCUUCAUUUGAGAACAUGAAAAUAUUGGGUU